GAACAGGCUCAUUGAACGGCGGGAAUCUCAGAGUAAAGAUGUCUGGAAGAGACUUGAGAAUACUAUUGCAUCUGAUUAUCCCCGAAAUCGGGAGAGAGUUAAGGAAAGAGAAUACCCAAGGGCCAGAACCAACUCGUCAUAUGGGAACGGGAACCGUAAUGGCUCGGAGAGGAGGAGCCCGCAGAAUAGAAGUUUACAUCUUGACUCCCUGAGCGCUACUCGAAAUAGCCCCCAGGGACGCCACUCCCCUGACUCACAACGCACAAUCUCCGUGCAAUAUGCAAAACCGAAAGAUAGGAAUUACCCGAGGACUCAGUCUCGACACUCACCCCAGCGAUACAUAAAGGAGUGGGGACCGGUUAGGAAGAGUCAGGGAAAUCAAACCCAGACAGAGGACAGAAGGAGGGAGGAAGUAGCACCAGAGUCUAUGGGGUCCGAAGAAGAACAAAAAAGAAAGCUAAAAGGCAAAGCAGUUGCUCAAGAUGAGACCCCGGUUCCAGGUAGACCAAUUUCAAGAAGCGGAACCUUAAUAAUUAGAGAACCAGUGCAAUUGAUGGAGAUAAACCAGGGAAUGGAGAUGUCAGCUCAGGAGAGAGUAUCCCCGAGAAGCCAUGGAGAACAUGUGCCCGCUGGGAAAAAGUCUGUGGAGCCAGAAGCUAGAAACAACAUUGAUGAAACCGGUACAAAAAGUCAUAAUAACCAGGAGGAUCUCAUGGAGGAAGACGGGGAAUCAAUGGAUGAGGAGGAAUUGGUGGAGAAGUACACAGAACCAGGUAUAGGGACUGAAGAAGACCUGCAAAUGCUGGAUGAUGAUGAUCUGAUGGAAGAAGAGGAGAAAGAGCUUGAAAGGAAGAGGCUUGCAAGUGAUACUGGUCCCACAUUGCAACAGAAAAAGCAGGACAUGAUCGCCCCAAGUGAUGAUGCACCUGAUACAGUUGAUAUAAGAACAAACAACCUGGAUGUAGGCAUAACAGUAGCAACACGACCAGGAAAGAGGCAAGAAAAGAAGCAGCAGGAGCACCAUAGAGCCCUCGCAAGAGCCAGCACUUCCAAGCCGCUGAAGGGAGCUACAGAAGAAGCGGACGAUGAUAGGAAUGCAAGUAUCAUAGGAAAAUCGAGGAAAGGUACCAAGAGCCCUGAUAUGAAAGGAGGAGCAGCAUCCAAAAAACUAGCAGCUCUUGGCCGCUCCCUUCCAAAGAACAGACCUCGCAACAACUUCGCCUACCGGCGACUCGUUCAACAACUCAAGUCCCUCGAGGCUGAGAGCUCGGCUGGAACAGAACCGGAAACUGAAGCUGUAGUGACUGGACAAAGAGGUAGAUUUGGUGUGACUACUUGGAAGAAUGAUGGUAAUGGCGGUAUUGCUGAGCUGCGUUUGUGGGUCUUAGAGGAUGUAGAGAAACAGAAAUGGUCCAAAAAUGUGUACACUUUACCGGCUAUGAAUGAACUUGUUUAUGUCGCUGGAGCAACAGCUACAGGUGAUAUUGUUUUGUCGAUGAGAUAUCGUACAUGUAAACCAUUUUAUGUUUUCUACUUCAAUCUCGAAAAGAACACUCUCCAGAGUGUUGAAAUACAAGGUUUUGGAGAAUACGAUGAUGGAAAUAAAUAUAGCGUUUCUGUCUUUGUGUACUAUCUAGAGGAUCUAAUUCUUAACGAUACAAAGUAUCGCAAUUCGAUCCAAGGUUAA